AUGGCCGGCGGUGUAAUUACUCCAGCAACGGCUGGAAAGGAUUACCCUGGCAACCUCACUUGCUCAGUCUUCAUAACAUGUAUAAUUGCAGCCACCGGAGGUCUAAUCUUCGGCUACGAUCUUGGUAUAUCAGGUGGGGUUAUUUCCAUGGAUGCGUUCUUGAAGAAGUUUUUUCCUUAUAUCUACGAGAACCAAGCAUCAAUGAAGCAAUCGGAUAAUCAGUACUGCGAGUUUAAUAACCAGAUAUUGACGUUGUUUACUUCGUCUUUAUAUGUGGCAGCCCUAUUUUCAUCAUUAUGUGCUAGUACUAUAACUCGAGUAAUGGGAAGAAGAGCCAGUAUGUUUUUCGGUGGCCUCCUUUUUGCUGCUGGUUCACUCUUCAAUGGCUUCGCUAGCAAGGUCUGGAUGCUCAUCGUUGGUCGACUAUUUCUGGGUUUCGGUAUCGGUUGCGCUAACCAGGCGGUUCCGAUUUAUCUCUCAGAAGUUGCUCCCUACAGAUACCGAGGAGCCCUCAACCAGUUUUUCCAAUUGUCAAUAACAAUUGGGAUUCUUGUGGCUAAUCUUUUGAACUAUAUAUUCGCUAAGUUUGGAGAUUUUGGAUGGAGAUUGAGCUUGGGUGGUGCUGUAGUUCCAGCAUUGAUAAUUAUGUUAGGAUCUUGUAUCCUUCCUGAGACACCCAACUCAUUGAUUGAGCGCGGCCAUUUUGAUGAAGCCAAGAGAAAACUUAUUAAACUUCGUGGUGUGUCUGCUGUUGAUGACGAGUUCAAUGAUCUAAUAGCAGCUAGUGAGGCAUCUAAGUUAGUGGAACACCCUUGGGUUAAUAUUGCACAGAGGAAGUAUAGGCCUCAGCUUGUAAUGGCUAUUUGCAUUCCUAUGUUUCAACAACUAACUGGAAUGAAUAUGAUUGUGUUCUAUGCUCCUGUUUUGUUUAAAACAAUUGGUUUUGGAGCUCAGGCCUCUCUCAUGUCUGCUUUAAUAACUGGUGUUGUUAAUGCUUUAUCAACUUUUGUUUCCAUUUUCACGGUUGAUAAGUUGGGGCGACGAACUCUUUACCUCGAGGGAAGCAUUCAAUUGCUGAUUUGCCAGAUUGUUGUAGCAAUUGCAAUUGGGGCUAAGUUUGGAUUUGGUGGGAACCCAGGAGAGUUGCCAAUGUGGUACGCAGUGGUUGUGGUGGUGGUUAUAUGUAUUUUCGUUGCCGGCUUUGCAUGGUCAUGGGGGCCUUUAUCUUGGUUGGUGCCCAGUGAAAUCUUCCCAUUAGAAGUACGUUCAGCAGCACAAAGCAUCACAGUUUCAGUCAACAUGAUCUUCACCUUCGCAAUAGCACAAGUUUUUACAUUAUUGCUUUGCAAAUUGAGAUUCUUCAUGUUCCUAUUGUUUGCCCUAUUUAUUGUGAUCAUGACAAUUUUCAUUUACUAUUUGCUGCCUGAGACAAAGGGUGUCCCAAUUGAAGAGAUGAUCACAGUGUGGAAGAAUCAUCCUGUCUGGAAACACUACUUCGAUCAAUGUUCUGCUCCUGCAUGUAGCCUUCAAAUGGGCAACAAAGAUAAAGAUUCGGUUUAG